CAUCCUCUGUCAUGACGCGCUGUGACGUCAUUCUCCGACAAUGAUGGCGGCCGCGGAGCUUUAGCCUCAGACAGAAAGAACAACUGUCUAGACCUCCUUUAGUCCUCUAAACCACUUCUUCCAGCGUUCCGCUGUGCUUUAAAAACACACCAAAGGAAAAUGAGGAACAUUUGGGCUUGUUGUUUGUAAACGUUGCUAUAUUUGCCCUGAAUAUGUGUUCCGCGGAGCAGCGAAAAACAGCCGUUAAUCUGAGGGUGAUUUUCAGCUCGCGAUGAUUCACUGGUAAUUUUCCAGCAGCGCGAGUCUCUCCUCAGACAAAACACCCAGAAAUAUUAAUAAAAAUGAAGUUUACCGAGCACCUGUCUGCCCACAUCACACCGGAGUGGAGGAAACAAUACAUCCAAUAUGAGGCUUUUAAAGAAAUGUUGUACUCCGCCCAGGAUCAGGCCCCAUCAAUCGACGUCACAGAUGAAGACACAGUCAAGAGAUACUAUGCCAAGUUUGAGGAGAAGUUCUUCCAAACAUGUGAGAAGGAGCUGGCCAAAAUCAACACUUUCUAUUCAGAAAAGCUUGCAGAAGCCCAGCGACGCUUUGCCACGCUGCAGAAUGAACUGCAGUCAUCUCUGGACGCGCAGCGGGAGAGCAGUCGGGCCACGGGCCUGCGGCGGCGGCGCACAGUCUUCCACCUCUCACAGCAGGAACGCUGCAAACAUCGCAAUAUCAAAGACCUGCAGCUGGCCUUCAGCGAGUUCUACCUCAGCCUAAUCCUGCUGCAGAACUACCAGAAUCUGAACUUUACAGGCUUCCGGAAGAUUUUAAAGAAACAUGACAAGAUCUUUGAGACGGCGCGAGGGGCAGAUUGGCGUGUGGCCCACGUGGAAGUGGCUCCUUUUUACACCUGUAAGAAGAUUACCCAGCUCAUCUCUGAAACCGAGGGCCUUGUUACCACAGAGCUGGAAGGGGGAGACAGGCAGAAAGCCAUGAAGAGGUUACGAGUGCCCCCACUGGGUGCAGCUCAGCCUGCACCAACAUGGACAACCUUCAGAGUAGGACUGUACUGUGGAGUCUUCGUCGCUUUAAUUGUCACAGUCAUCAUCACAGGUGUGGUAAAGCUGGUUACAGAAGGAAGAGGUAAUGUGUGGCCUCUGGUAAGAAUUUAUCGAGGUGGUUUUCUGCUCAUCGAGUUCCUGUUCUUGUUGGGCAUCAACACGUAUGGCUGGAGACAGGCUGGUGUGAACCACGUCCUAAUAUUCGAGCUCAAUCCUCGCAAUAACCUGUCCCACCAACAUCUCUUUGAGAUUGCAGGUUUCCUUGGAGUACUUUGGUGUGUCAGUAUACUGUCCUGCCUCUUCGCUAAGGACAUCAAAAUCCCUAUACAAGCAAACCCUCUUGCACUCUAUGGAUUCUUCUUCCUUUUCCUCAUCAACCCCUUCAAAACAUACUACUACAAAUCUCGCUUUUGGCUGCUCAAAUUACUGUUUCGAGUGGUGACGGCGCCGUUCCACAGAGUUGGCUUUGCAGAUUUCUGGCUGGCUGACCAGUUGAACUCUCUAGGAGUGGUUUUGAUGGACCUAGAGUAUAUGAUAUGCUUCUACAGUAUGGAGCUGGACUGGGCCACAACUUACGAGAAGCUGAAAAUCAAAACUGGUGGUGAGAUUUGUCACUCGUAUUCAUACGGAGUACGAGCUGUCAUUCAGUGUUUGCCCGCCUGGUUCCGGUUUGUGCAGUGCCUAAGGCGUUAUCGGGACACAAAGCGUGCCUUCCCUCACCUGGUCAACGCCGGCAAAUACUCCACUACUUUCUUCGUGGUCAUCUUUUCUGCGCUUUAUAGGACACAUGCAAAUCUUCAGGAAAAACAAGUCUUCUUUUACUUGCUAAUUGCCUGUAAGAUCAUAAACUCCUGCUACACUUUAUUGUGGGACCUGAAGAUGGACUGGGGUCUGUUUGACCGUAAUGCAGGGGAAAACACCCUCCUCAGAGAGGAGAUUGUAUAUCCACAGAAGGCUUACUACUACUGUGCCAUAGUAGAGGAUAUAAUCUUGCGCUUUGCAUGGACCAUCCCUCUUUCCCUAGGGGUUGUGACUUCAUACCCGAAUAUCUCGGAUAUUUUGGCCACUAUUCUCGCACCGCUGGAAGUCUUUAGGCGCUUUGUUUGGAACUUCUUCCGUCUGGAGAACGAACAUCUGAAUAACUGCGGUGAGUUCAGAGCGGUGCGGGACAUUUCAGUAGCUCCUCUGAAUGCAGACGACCAGACGCUGCUGGAACAGAUGAUGGACCAGGAGGAUGGCGUGAGGAAUAGAUUUGGAAAGAAGAACUGGAAGAGGAGCUACAGCAUGUCUUUGAGAAGACCACGUCUGUCCUCCCAGUCAAAGGUCAGAGAUACCAAGGUCCUUAUAGAGGACACAGAUGACGACACCUGACCCUUGCGUCCACAAUGGCUUGAUAAAGGACCGUAGAUGUCAGCGGGCCUCGGCUCUUCAAAAGCUUUCCAAUCAAUCCAUCACAAAGCUGCCUGACUACACCAAACACAUUUCCCACCGGAGAGACCUCACCGACUCACACACGCAUACAAGCUCACCGCAGGAGCGGCUGCCACUUAGUUGCUGUAAUAUUCGUGACUGCCUUGAUCAUUUUUUGAAGAUCCAAUACGUGGAAGUAACAAAAAAGAAAUCAAAGGACAGUGUGUGUGUGUAUAUAUAUAUAUAUAUAUAUAUGUCAGUUCAUAAACCACUGCGAUCGUUGAAAUCAUACUGACUGUGGGAUUUUCAGACAUGAACCGUUUGAACACAAAGACUAAUGAUGAGGGUAUGAACACAUUCAUGUAGCAGACACUUGUCUGGUUAGCAGACAGGACUGGUUACCCUCAUUCACCAAAAUGUCAAUUUCCACCUUUUUUUGUUUUUUGAAUGUAUGUUUCGUUGUUAUUUAUGUAAAGGAGAAAUGCCUUGAAAGUUGCUUUAAAGGAAAUCUUUUAACUAUGGUAAGGAUUUACCUUUGACGUCUUCAGCUAGGACCUCCACAUGCUUUCGCACAACCCUCAGGUGGCUCUGAAUGAAAACUAAGGACUUUUUAAAAUGAUAAAUACUUUUCUCAUUACUUGCUUAUGUAGUCUAAAAUGCCAAAUGGGAAUAUUUGCCUAUGUUUUCCACUUGAAGACAUUUUUUGCGUUUUGAAGCAUCAAGUCAAUGCAAUUUGAAGAACUGGUGCUUGUGACUGUGGAAGAGAAAAAUACAUUUUGCUUUAAGUGUCAGGCUCAUUUUAGAGCAAGCCAAAUAUGUAACACAUUCCUCAAGAACAUUUCUUUAGCAGUAAUUUAAAGGUUUAAUGAGUCCUGUCUUAUGUUUUUUUCAUUCUCACAACAUAUGACCCAAUCCUCCUUUUUUAAUGCAUGUUAAGUGCGCACGUAUACUUGUCACAUUCCACUGAAGUAGCAUUCCAUGUCGGUCAUUUUUUUAAUUUUAGCUAGUGUCUUCCAGGGUCAGACCUAUUUUUUGAAAGCCACCUGGGGGUUUUAGAGGUUCCUCAUUCAUAAAUCAAGCAUAACGGCAGUUUUUCAUAAAACUUUGCAUUCAAGUUGAUGUGAUUAUUUUAAUAAUAGUUCUGACUUCUAAGCAUUGAGGUAGUUCCAAUGUGAUGGCUUAUGUAAAAAAUGUGUUCUUGUACUUCUGAAAGCCCAGUCUGCCUGUGAACAAUACUACCUGUGUGUACCAGGGACCCACUGUGUCAUGAGGAAAUAGACGGUUGAGAGUUCUGUUACAUUCCCUGUAUUAUCACACCAGAAGGUCCAGGUUAAAGUGGAGAUGCUGCAUUUGUACAUUCGUUCAGUCUGGGUGUUUAACAGACAUAUGGCUUCGUGAGAAUAUUCAUGGGAUUCAACUAAGCUGCAAUACUCAAGAGACACUCGCAAGCUCCAGUUCAUCAUGUCAUGUACUACUGUCCCAAGUAAACACUUGGACCAAAAAUAAAAGGUUU